UGGUUGAUAUUAUUAGACCCGGCAGAUUCACGUAAACUUUGAACGUAUCGGGCAACGUAUACGAACAAGUAGCAGUCAAAUACCAGUCAAAUUAGACGCGAAAGAGAUGACUUCGAUCGAUUACCUUGUGCUCCGAGGCAAACGCAAGAUUUUAUUUUGAGGUCAGCCUCAACUUACGGAUGAAUCAGUUCAGUGGAGGAACAUGAAUCGUUCGUAUUCGAGACAAGCAAACUAAUAGUUGGAGAGGGAAGAAGAGGCGAUGGUGACAACGUGAGAUGGGAAAACAAGGAGUCUCUAAUUCAUUGGAAAAGGGGAAUUCAACUUAGAGAAGAUGAUGUUCACUGGUGGUUCACACGCUAAGAGAAGAAAUGCAGGUGGUGGGUCCGGAAGAAAACCGGCUGUGGAGCACAGAAACAUAACUCAGCCCCGCAUGGGACCGGAAGGAUAUACAUACAGGACAAGAAUUCCAUUGCCUCUAAAUCCUUUGGAUCUUCCACCAAGUUCAACAGCAAGGACAUAUGUAUAUAGAACUCGCAUACCACGAAGAGAUGCAGAAUCUUCAACAUCUCCUCCACCUUCUGAAAAUAAUGGAGGAGGCGUUCCAAUUACCAGAAGACGAGGUGCUGUCAAGCAAAAUAAAGUUCACGUUGUCAGGGGUCACAGAUUGGUCGCCAAAUUCUUCAGACAACCCACUUUUUGUGCAUUUUGCAAAGACUUUUUGUGGGGAUUUGGUAAACAGGGAUAUCAGUGUCAAGCCUGCCAAACCGCAGUUCACAAAAAAUGUCACGACAAGUUAUUGACAAAAUGUCCCGAAAGUGGAAGGGAAUCUGAAAAUACAAUUUACUUGAGGGAGCGAUUCAAAGUGGAUGUGCCUCACAGGUUCCGACCGCAUACUUUCAUGUCUCCAACAUUCUGCGACCAUUGCGGAUCCAUGCUUUAUGGGUUUUUUCGUCAGGGCUUAAGGUGUGCUGGUAAACACCAUCUUCGAAGGGACAGACCGACCAUCAAAAUCAGAUCACAGGCGAUGAAAGACAAUCCAGCUCUGCGAGAGAUCUACCAGAAGCACGAAAAAAAUGUGGGUGAACUGCUGGUGGAGAAAUUCCUCAUCAAAGAUAAAAAAUAUGAUCGAGAUAGCAAACUUGGAUUGCACCGUCAACCGUGUCUUGAUCCGGAUCCAGAUCCAGACCCAAAAGAUCCUUUCGCUGAAGCCAUUCAGAGAAAAGUCACCCGGAGGUUCACCCGCAGAAGAUCCUCCACUGAUGUGCAAUUAAAUCCGGAACAGCUAGAGAGGGAACUUGCAUUUGCGCAGGUACAGGCUGAGGUUUUGGAUACUCUGGUUGCAGAGGAACAAGCAGAAAUGGAAGUAGAAGCCCGGAAAGCCUUCGCCAAGAAGAAAACACAUCGGUCUGUCCAGAAUCUUCCUCUGGUUGAGAUUAUUCGAGCCAACGACUCAAUCCUCGAGGACGAUGAAGAAGGAUCCAGGAUUCGAAAGAAGGUCAAGAAGAAGAAGAAAAGUGUCGACAAGUCAUCACGAAUGAACCACGAUCAAGAAGUCUUCGAUCAAUCAAUAACAGAGUACUCCGACAGCAAGGACGACAAAAAAACCUCAGAAGAUGAAAAUGACUUGCCAGCUGUUCAAAAAUUUAAAGUUGAAGCCUGCAAUAGCGUUGGAGACUUUUCCACUCUCUGGAUUAAAUCUUCUCCUGCAGACGUUCAAGCCAGAGCAAUCGAACAGUUCAGGGAAAGUAUUCGACUUCCUGCCCCCAAAAAACUACCAAUCAGCAAUUUAGAAACUGAGGCUGAGAUAGUCUUACCGAUUCCGAAACCUUAUGUCAGAGACAACACCAGAAACAGCGUUUAUUUAACACUAAAGAAACCAGAAAAGGGCGAAGAGGCUCUUGACGAGAGACUCAAUCGAUCAACGAUGUCGAACGAUACUGACGUAUCGAUCGAUACCCAAUCGAAAGUUGCCAACAUCGAUUCUAAAGAUAUCAUCGAAAGUUCUGUAGAGAUCAAAAGCAUUUCUGAUACCUUGGCCGUCAGUCUUGAGCGGAAAGUACGUACGAAGGACGUGCGGAAGUCUCCAACCCCGAACGCGACUAUUCUUUCUGAGGAAAAAGACACCCUUAUUCACGAGAAGAGUCUGAACUCAGAUUUCGAACGAAAAAUCGAACCCGAUUCAAACAAAAGUGAUUUAAAAUUAGAAUCGAGAAGCCGAAUUUCAUCCCCAGUGCCUCAUGAUAACGUGAUAAUUAAUAAGACUGCUUAUUCGAAAGAAAGUUCUCCACGAAUAGAGGAACCGACUAUUCCUAAUCGUGAGAAAGUGAUAGAAAACAAUGAGAAGAUUUCCGAAGAAGAAUUAGUUGUCUCACGUGAAAACGAAUCGCCAAAAGGACCGGAAAAAAAUGAUGACACCAAACCAUCAACACUUUCAUUAAAAGAUCAGACUUACCGGAAAGAGAAGACACCCAUAGAAUCACCAACUAGGAGAAAAUUCAAAAUAUCCAAGGAUAAAAAUUUAGUAAACGAAGAAAAAGUUUUACCAUCGACUGAAGGCACAAAGUCAUCAGAUCUUUCAUCAAAAGACAAGGCAUUCUCUAAAGAGAGCAAACCUAGAUUAGUGUCGCCAAUUAGGGCGAAGCUCGUCUCUAAAGAUAGCUCAUCAAAAAGUCACCCAGAGAGGGUGUCAUCACCAUCGAACGAAAUACCAACCGAUGGAAUAAAAUCACCAGAGGUUUCGACAAAAGACUUGUCGAUCUCAAAAGAGAACACGUCUAGUUUAGAGUCGCAACUUAAGACAAAGCUCGUCUCCAAUGAUAGCUCUUUAAAAUCACCAGGCCUCUCGCUGAAAAGUGUAUCGUCGCCGAAGAAAGUUUCAAAAGCUGGAACAAAAUCUCCAGAAAGUCUGACAAGUCCUCUACCAAGUCCUUUGAGGAAAGACAAGUCUUCUAAAGAAUCUACCCCUAAUUUAAAUUCACCCACAAAGUCGAAAUUUACUUUCAAAGAUUCAGCAAAAAGUCAAGUCGAAAAAGCGACACCGCCAUCUACUGAUGAAACCAAAACUCCAGUCAAGGACAAGAUUUUACUGAAAGAGAAAAAGAAGCUUAGAAUUUCCAGAGAUACUUCACCAAUAACUCCUACAGAAAAAUUAGGUAUAUCAAGUGAGGUUUCAGCAGACCUUACAGACUGUGAUAUACCACAAAACGUUACUGAAACAAGUUCGGAAAUAGAUUUCUGGAGUGAAAUAAAAUCUAAAGAAGAUAUGGAUAUGUCUGCAAAAUCGAAACCUGGUGAGUUACAAGAGAGGACUGCUACGAUUAUUAAAAAAACAAACCCAGUUGUUCCAGUAGCAGAAGAUGAUAUUAGUAAUAUAGUAACAAAAACUACUAAUGAAACGAAGGAAUUACAAAAACCAGAGGUUAAAAUUGAGACGAAUGGUGUAAGCAGGAAAUUUUCAAAGCCAGAGCCCCUAGAUUUGAGCAAAAUUCGUCAAUCCUCAGAUUCUUUCAAAAGUCUUCCAGUUUCUCUCUCCGCUUCUCAAGUCUCAACACCUUUGUCUGAAGUGUCUUUAUCGGAUGCACAGAAACAAAUGUCUACUGACACAUCAAUUCAAGAUGAAGAUGACGGUUUGGCAACCCCAACCAACGAGUCAAUCACCAAGAUGACUAAGUGGAAUAACCACGACAAUCUUUCAAAUCUAAACGAUCUGGAAAAGGACCUGACAACCAUGCCAGGAAAUAAAUUAAUCAGCAGCACUAACAGCAGCCCGGCAGAUUCGAAGAAGAAAAAGAAGAAGAUCGUCAAAAGGAAAAAGUCUUCGACUAAAUCUGAUAGUACUGAAACUGGCAGUGUCAAACCUUCAAGAAAAGUGUCAGACAAGAAGAAAGCUACUCCAGAAUCGACAAUGAAAACGUCGAAUGUUCGUUCUUCCCCUCGAGAUGCACCUUGUAGACCUUCUGAUCUGAUAAGGAUCUUCUACACUACCCCAAGACAGUUAAUGACAGCCACUCCUAGGGAUCUUCGAAAAGUUAGAAGAGCUAAGGCCAAGAAGCGAAAACCACCACCCAGAAAUGCGUCAAUUAGUAGUGAUAGUACUGGAAGUACUACUAGUACUCAAAGCACAACUACGAGUACAGAGGAUGGCAGCAAUUCUAUGGACGAAUUGGAACAGAAAAGAAUGGCUUCGACUCGAAGCAACGAUUCUGGAUUUGACGGCUCGCCAAGACUCUCGACUCCCUCACAAUCCUCAGAAAAUCAACGCAACUCCGAUAGUUCAGAUCAUUUUCACACCAGUGGAAGAAUAACACCACCAGCUACAAAUCUACCAAGGUUUAAAAAAUAUGCAGUGACAGAUUUUCAUUUCCUGAAGGUUCUUGGCAAAGGCAGUUUUGGAAAAGUCUUGCUAGCAGAACUCCGAGGAACGGAUUGUGUCUACGCUGUAAAAUGUUUGAAGAAGGACGUCGUUCUAGAAGAUGACGACGUCGAAUGUACUUUAAUCGAGAGAAAAGUACUAACCCUAGCCACGAGGCAUCCAUAUCUUUGCCACCUAUUUUGCACCUUCCAAACGGAGUCUCAUCUUUUUUUUGUCAUGGAAUAUCUCAACGGUGGCGACCUAAUGUUUCACAUACAAAAAUCUGGCAGAUUUUCUGAACCUCGGGCACGUUUCUACGCCGCAGAAAUCUGGUCAGGACUCAACUUUUUACACAAAAAGGGAAUUGUUUAUCGGGACCUGAAACUUGAUAAUGUAUUACUUGAUUUCGAAGGACACAUCAGAAUCGCUGAUUUUGGAAUGUGCAAACUACAAAUUUUUCUCGACAGAACUGCUGAUACUUUUUGUGGAACUCCAGACUACAUGGCUCCUGAGAUAAUCAAAGGUCUCAAAUACAAUCAAGCAGUUGACUGGUGGUCAUUCGGAAUCCUUCUUUACGAAAUGCUUACUGGACAAUCUCCCUUUUCUGGCUGUGAUGAAGAAGAACUAUUCUGGAGUAUAUGCAACGAAAGACCUUUUAUUCCACGAUAUCUAAGUCAAGAAUCAACCAGCAUGUUGAUUUGUUUAUUAGAAAAGGAUUCGGGGAAAAGAUUACCUGCCCACGAAAUUGCUGUUCAUCCUUUCUUUCAGAGUAUACCCUGGGACAAAUUGGAACGAAGACAACUAGAAGCGCCUUUCAAACCAGCUGUGGAACACACCCUGGACACUAGAUACUUUGACACAGCCUUCACAGCAGAACGACCGCGACUCACAGCAGUUCCAGAACAAAUCCUGACCUCGAUGGAUCAGAAUGUGUUUCGAGGAUUUUCCUACACAAAUCCAAACGCUACAGACUGAAUAUGAACCCAUGGCAGAAAAUGUUCUUCCCUAGGUGCAUACGAAAUUUUUGACACAUCGAAAUUCGAUUAUAAAUAUUGUCAAUUGUCGAGACUCGAAGUGAAAUUCGAAAUCGAGAAAUGACCAUGGCAUUUGAAGAGUAUUUAACAUUCACAUAGCUGUGAUCAUGAAUUUGUCGAGAAAAAAAACGCGAAUUAUUUUCUUAAGAAAGAGUCUCGCAAGAUCUGUCCCAUGAGAAAAGGAUAUUUCUUUUUCUUAAAGACUCUCCGCUUCUGAAGAACUUACGAAAUCACAUUAGUAGAGUCGUUUGUUGUCAUGAACUUGAAAUUUUAAAAGUUAAUAUUGCGGAGAGGUCUCGCUCAAUAUUGUACCCUUUCAUCGAAGAAAAAAAGACUCGCCGAAAGAAUUUCUGGUACCGGUUGCGAUGAUUUUCAUUUUGAGGGAAUGAAUUCAAUUGCAACUUUUAUACCAGAUUGUUUUUUUAUGUUUCUCUUCUGUCCACCCCCUCGCUUAAUCACGUGAUCGAUAGUUCACGUUUUUCACGUGUAUGUGAUUUUUGGAUGAAUGAGUUAGAAGAGAGCGAUAAUUUGUCUCUAUUGUUAAGUUUAUUGCUGCAAUAAUUUUUGCUGAAAAAUUGUACAGAAUUUUGUAUUCAAGUGAAUUGAAUAUAGUGAGCGAGUCGUCGCUCGUAAAAGUA